CAGCGGCCGCCUCGUAGGCGGGGUCCCUGCUCCCGGCGUCUCUCCUGGCCGCAUCACCAUGGCUGCCCGUGCUGGAGUCGCCCCUGCCGGUGAGGGGCUGCGCUACGCCGAGUACACGUCGCACUCGGCCAAGCGGCCGGACGCCGACAUCGGCCAGCAGGGACUGGCAAGAAGUUUGAUAGCUGUAGGACUGGGUGUCGCAGCUCUUGCAUUUGCAGGUCGCUAUGCAUUUCAGAUCUGGAAACCUCUAGAACAAGUAAUCACAGAAACUGCAAAGAAGAUUUCAACUCCUAGCCUUACAUCCUACUAUAAAGGAGGAUUUGAACAGAAAAUGAGUAGGCGAGAAGCUAGUCUUAUUUUAGGUGUAAGCCCAUCUGCUGGCAAAGCCAAGAUUAGAAUAGCUCAUAGGAGAAUCAUGAUUUUGAAUCACCCAGAUAAAGGUGGAUCUCCUUACUUAGCAAUGAAAAUAAAUGAAGCAAAAGACUUGCUAGAAGCAACCACCAAACAUUGAUUGAUGCUCAAGGACCACACUGAAGGAAAAAAGGGAGGGGGACUUAAAAAAAGACAGUCUUGCAAAUUAAUGUAAAACAUAGUCUUCUUAAUUUCCAUACAUACAUUUACAACAAUCAUCUUCCUCCAUUAAGCUAUAUAACAAUAAAAGAUUAAGAGUCUCGUUUUUUGUUCUCU